GGGAGAGAUGGAUACGGGGAGGUGGAAGGGGGCGAGGGAGAGGGAGAGGGAGAGGGCCCGGGCCCGGAUCGGCUCGGAGGGUGGGCCUGAGCCCGGGAAGGAUACACGUGUGUUGCAGGAGGUGACACCAUCGAGCUGCGGCCCAAGCACAGUCCCGUGGAGCUGGGACCUCGCUGAGACCCGCUCGUUAAUGACGGUGAUGGGGGUCCGCCUGAUCGAGGAGAAAACAAACAGAGCAGCGGAGCCUUCAGAUCGAGCUGCUCCACCAAAACGUCCCAGGAGCUGCCGGGGGAAGGAGAACCAGGUGGUCUCCAAGAGGUUUCGGAAGAGUGCCCAUUCUCCAUCAGGUGUGAGCUGUUCCUGGGGAGAGUUACCAGAUGAGCUGCUCUUGGUGAUUUUCCGUUUUCUGUCACUGCCUCAUCUCCUGAAAGCCUCAAUUGUCAGCAAACGGUGGAACCGGCUUGCGUUUGACAAAUCCCUGUGGUAUAGUGUGGAUUUGAGCAAGGGGAAUCUAUCCCCUGGGACUGUGGGCCAACUGCUAGGAGCUGGUGUCGUGGUCUUCAGGAGUCCCUGCUCCUUCCUCGGAGAUCCCAUGUUCAAAGAUGAAAGGUCUCUCUGUCUUCAGUACAUGGAUCUCUCACAUUCUGUGCUCAGCAGUUCCUCCAUCUUCCAGAUUCUACGCCGUUGCCACCAGCUCCGCGGACUCAGUCUUGAAGCUCUCACACUUUCCGAUGAUGUCAUCAGGGCAAUUGCUGGCAGUGAGCAUUUGUUAUGUUUGAAUCUCUCUGGCUGCUCGUGUUUCGGCGCCCAAGCCGUUAGCCAGAUGUUGAGAAGCUGUUCCAGGCUGAAUGAGUUAAACAUUUCGUGGUGCAAGUUCAGCUCUCAACACAUCCAGGCCAUAGUCUCACAGAUUCCUGACAGCGUGACCCAGCUGAACAUUAGUGGCUACAGGCGCAGUCUCCACAACUCUGAUGUGGAAGCUUUGUGCAGGCGCUGUCCCUGGAUGACUGACCUGGAUUUGAGUGACAGCACGAUGCUCACUCCUGGCUGUUUCUCCGCUCUCCACAGCCUCUCUCACCUCCAGCAUCUGGGCUUGAGCAGGUGCCAUGAGAUCUCACCAGCAAGUCUUGUGGCCCUGGGUGAGAUCACUACACUGAAAACUCUAAACAUUUAUGGACUUGUGCGAGAUUCCAUGGUCAACGUGAAGGACCUGAUUCCUCAAAUUAAAAUCAACACUUUUCCACUGACGAGCAUCGGCAGGCCCACGCCCAGCUACGGGAAGCUGCAGACAAUCUGGGGUAUUACCUGCAGGUUGGGACUACGUAACCUGUGAGCAAUAUCAGUCACUACACACUACACAGCAAAAAGCAGCUACUGGUUCAGAACUUUAAGGUGUUCCAGGCGCUGUCACUUUCUAUCAGUCACACUCACCAGCUCAUCAAUGCUCAGUGCGUGCAGUAAUCAACGUUGCCUCUGUUCUGAGGAGUAGAUAAUUGAUGAAAAUCCAGAAACCAGAAAACCUCAAGAUUGAAAUGAAGCAUUUACGAGGAAGUGAUCAGUUGGUUCAUGAUUAGAUUCCAUACUGGAAAUUUCUUUGUUUGAAUACGUGUUUUUAAAGUGGAUUAGUGUUUGUAAUGUUCAGUUGGUUAAAAAAGAUUCCAGUCCGUUUUAAGCAUCAUAUCAAAGCUUUCAAUUUUGCACUCAGCAGUGAUACGCAAGAAACAAACCUAGGAGGGGAACACCAUGAGAGGAGGGCGCUGAUUGGUGGGAUCACGGUUGGUGUGGAAACACAGCAGAAACUGUUAACUGUUAGUCUUAGUAAACUGACAAAAUCAGACUGAAAGACCAAUAACUUAAUAUGGCAGAGGUACUAGUUGCAUGUUCAAACCUCUGGAAACAGAUUCAGCUCAUUAGGGGCUACUUAUCAAAAUUAACCUUUAGCUCAUUGGCUGAAAUCAACUCUGUGUAUUCUCGGGCAGGCAGAUAGAAACAUAGAAAAUGUCGGCAGCGAUCAGUUUAAUCCCAGCUUUUAACUUUUCUGUGCCAUUGCCAUCUUCACUCUUCACUUAUUCUCCAUGCACAGACGCUCACCUGCACUCUCCCACCUCUACCUCUGCAGGUCCCCAUGCCAGUAGUAUUUUGUUUUUAUUUUAGAUUUUCACCAUCUGCAGUGUUUUGCAUCUUCGUAAGGAGAUUGGAUCAAUGCUUUAGAAUCUGGUUCAGUCCCUGUUCCACCUCCCACUACUACCCCCCCCCUGCCAAGACAACUCCCUCCCACCCCUACCAACCAACCCAAUCCUCCCAUUUCUUGUACCAUCAGUGUCCUGAAUCUAGGCUGCAUUAGGAAUAGUGAUUAGCAUUGUUUAUUUUUAUGAAAAUUAAUAAAUGCCUUGGUUAUAA